CUUAAAUACUACCAGCAACAAAGUAUUGUCACAUAUCAACUUGAUGCUUCUGAGUUAACUUCGAAAACUUGUCUAGAAAUGAUUAAUAUUUUAUCUCUGGCCUGGUGUAUUGCAAUAGUCACCGGGCAUUUUCACUUUGAACACGAAGUAUUUCUUGACAGAGAUGAAAAUAUUAAGCUUCUUUGGAGCGUAGAAGAUGAUAACAUUACAUUUGAAGUCCGUGCGAAUACGACGGGGUACGUUGGGAUUGGAUUUUCAACUAACGGUGGAAUGAGAGGUGCCGACAUCAUACUCGGAUGGGUUAAAGAGGGCACGCCGUAUAUUUCUGACCGACACGGCAUUGGGAAUGAAGAGCCUGUGGUGGAUGUCCAAAAAGAUGUUGAAUUGUUGUACGGAAGUGAAACAGAUGACUUAACAAUACUAGGAUUUCGGAGAAAGCUUUUGACCUGCGAUCCAGACGAUAACGAUAUAGGUUCGGACACAAUCCGGGUGAUCUGGGCGUACCAUCCCGACGAUCCAGAAGACACAGAAGUGGUAUACCAUGGCCCCCAGCGUCGAGGUGUUCGAUCCAUCAUAUUCAUUGGCGUCUUGUCUGCGGAGGUACUACAAGACGCAAUGACAGACGAUGUACUUAGUAUGGAUCUUGUUAACGAACAUACCCUGAUACCAAGUGGCGAUACUACAUAUUGGUGCACUCAUUAUGAGCUAACAAUGCUACCAGGACCUCACCAUAUUAUUCGGAUUGAGCCAGUUGUUGAGCCAGGGAAUGAAGGCUUCGUUCAUCAUAUGAAUCUAAUAGAAUGUUAUGAAGAUCUGAGCAUCAAUUCAAAUAGCAGCUUAGACUGCAGAAGUGAAAAUAUGUUUCGUUAUAGAUCGUGUGAAAAGGUUGUCUAUGGUUGGGCCGUUGGCGGAGGACCAUUAGUGUUUCCAGAGCAAGCUGGCUAUCCUGUAGGAGCACGCGGUGAUGUUAGGUAUUUUCAACUCCAGGUACACUAUGACAAUCCACAACUUCUGCAAGGUAGUCGCGACAACAGCGGUGUACGUAUUUACUAUACACCUAAGCUUCGUCAAUAUGAUGCAAGUAUGUUGGUAACGGGUCUUCCAUCGUUCGUUACGUUCGUGAUACCACCCAAAGAGGAGGCUUUCACGCUCCAGGGUACCUGUGAAAGAAAAUGUUCUGAGGAGAUGUUUACAGAGGGCGACCUGAGAGUAUUUUCGAUUAUUCUGCAUGCACAUUUAGCCGCAACUGGUAUUCGGUUAACCCACUACCGGAAUGGUGAAUAUAUCGGAGAAAUUGCACGUGACACAACAUACGACUUCAAUCUACAAGAACAACGAUAUCUAAAGGAAGAGUGGAUAGUUAAACCGGGCGAUGAUCUAUUCGUAGAAUGUACAUACAAUACGAUGGAUAGAGAAGCAGCUACAUUUAGUGGUGCGGCAACAACUGACGAAAUGUGUCUGGCCUUCCUGUCGUACUAUCCGAAAGCUAAUGCCGGAAAAUGCUACAACACCCCAAAUCCAAAUACAUUGGAAAAGUUACUGAAUCUUGGUGACUUAAAAAAUCAAUCAUUGCACGAAGCUAUAUAUAACUUGGAGUGGACUAGUGACAGAAGAGAUGGCAUCAGAGAAUGGUAUAGAACAUCCCGAGUAUCGUUGUGUACGAAUCACUCCGGCCUCCCAAUAUUUUCAGUUGAGGACAUAUCACUUGGACGGGUGAGAAUUUCAUUCUAUUUCAUCUUCAGCAAAAUACAAAAUUACUAAAAGUAUAUUUUUAA